AUGAACCGCGCCCAACGUCAUCGAAUAACAGCAGCCAGAUUUACUCCAACUCAACCAACAGCUCCACUUCCAGAAAAUUAUCUAUUACGAUUUGAUGAUAACGGAGAAUUAAUUGUUGCAAAAAAAACUAGUAUUAAAUCAAUAGAAGAGGAUAAAGCUGUUGUUGGUACGGGUCAUAAUCGUCGUACAGCAGUAAUACAUGCAAAGGGAUCAUUCAGUCAAUGUAAUGUCCUGUUAGAGCAAAUGGCAAAAGACAAUGAGACCAACCAUCAUGUAGAAGAUGAACAAACAGGUAUGGAAAUUAGUUCGGAUGAUCCCGAUGUAGAAUCAGAAAGAGAUAAUGAAGACGAAAUAGAAAAUCAUCCACGACAAAACGAAGCAACUCAAUUACCAUCGGCACAAGCAUCUUCAAGAAAUGUUACAAAACGACCUCCUCUGCUCGACAAUAAUGAUGUUGAGAAUGAGAAUACAGCUCGUUCUGGAAAAGAUCGUUCGUUUGAUCAUCUUGAACAGCAUCGUGAAAAAGGAGAAACAUUCCCAACAGAAGUUCUAUUUAAAGGUGAAGAUCUGUUAUUAACACGUGGACGUGACAUUUAUGAUUUUGGGCGAUUAACAUUACGCAAAUUAUAUUCACCAAAAGAAUUAAACGAUUCAAUUUUACCACCCGGAAAUAAACGUUAUGUUCGUCCACCAUUAGAUGAAGAAAGAUUUGAAUUAUUUCAUGGUACUUAA